AUGAGUGAAGAGAAGCAAGUCGAGACGCAAGGGUUCCAUGCUUUUGCACACCUGCUUGACGCACGGAUUUUACGUGCACUUGCAAAUCUAGGCUAUGGAAAGCCAACGCCUGUACAGCGAGAGUCCAUCGAGUACAGCUUGAGCGGAAAAACACGAGAUAUUUUGGCCAAGGCACGCACUGGAAGCGGCAAGACGUUGGCCUACGGACUUCCUAUCAUUCAGAAGAUUAUUUUGGCGAAGAGUGCCAUUUCACGCUCCUCACCCAACUAUGCUGGGACACGGGCAUUGAUCCUCGUACCCACCCGCGAAUUGGCAGAGCAAGUGAAUCGCCAGUUGAGUGAAGUGCUCACGUUCUCCAGGGACGAAGUACAGGUAACUAAUGUGGCGCGCUCUGUGAGUAACUCAGUGCAAAAGCUACUUCUUUCGGAGAAGCCCGACGUAGUGGUUGCCACCCCAUCGCGUGCAUUGGCAUGCCUACGUUCGCAAGACUUGGUCUUGUCCGAAUCGCUGCAGUCGUUGGUGAUCGACGAAGCCGAUUUGAUUUUCUCGUAUGGGCACGACACAGAAGUAAAGGCAAUUUUGGGCGAAGGGUUUUUAUCGCGCAAUUUCCAGACGUUUUUAAUGAGCGCAACACUUGGCGACGAUACUGAAGCGCUUCGCGGCCUAGUUCUCAAAGACCCAGUGGUACUUAAACUGAAGGACGAUGUGUCACUCUCACAAAAUUUACUGCAAUACUAUGUGAAUACUUCAGAGGAAAACAAAUUUCUUCUCAUUUAUGUUAUUUUAAAGCUGCGACUCAUCCGCGGCAAAUGCUUGCUCUUUGUCAACGAUAUUGAUCGUUGUUACCGCCUCAAGCUUUUCCUGGAGCAGUUUGGAUUGCGCACUUGUGUGCUGAAUGAGGAGCUCCCGGUGAACAGUCGCUUUCAUAUUGUGGAAGAGUUUAACAAAGGAAAGUAUGAUUACAUCAUUGCUACGGACACCACUACAGACCAGACGAGCGCUGAAAAAGGAUCAAACGCAAAGGCAAGUAGCACCAGCAAAGAUUAUGGUGUUUCGCGUGGCAUCGACUUUGUCGCUGUUGCGUGCGUCGUCAACUUUGAUCUUCCGACCUCGGAACGUGCAUAUACCCACCGCAUUGGACGCACCGCGCGUGCCGGAAAUACGGGCACUGCUCUUAGUUUUGUCGUUCCUUCCCAAGAGUUUGGAAAAAAAAAAGCGAUUGGCUGCCCGACCUGUCGUAACGACGAGACCGUAUGGCAGCGCAUCGAAAAGGACCAGCAAAUAUCCGGAAAUGUGGGGCCAGAGGGCAUUCAGCUCUGGAAAUACGACAAGAAACAAGUGGAUGCAUUCCGCUACCGAAUGGAAGAUGCGCUUCGCAGUGUGACGCGCACGGGCAUUAAAGAGGCGCGUAUUCAAGAAAUUAAGAAUGAAAUUCUUAACAGCAAGGCAUUAAAAGCACAUUUUGAAGAGAAUCCUAAAGAUCUCGAGUACCUGCGUCACGAUCGUGCACUCCAUCCUGCACGUGUACAGCAACACAUGCGGCACAUACCUUCGUAUUUGCGGCCGCGCAUUGCUGGAAUUCCAGGCGCGAGUGGUCCUGAGACGGCUAAUGUUGGGUACGUGGCUAAACACAAGACUCCUCGUGGUCAACGCUCUGCACGAGGCGGAGGUGUGCGCAAAGACCAACGCAAACGGACCGGUAAAAAGAAGAGCGAUCCGUUGCGUUCCUUCUCGUAG